AUGCUUCUCGAAACUUUGAUUGCAGUCACCGCCUUGGGUACUUUCGUCAAGGCAGCCCGGCCCGAAAAUGUCACGAUUUGUGACUGGUACACCCCGCUGAUCAUCGGAGAACCGAACUCGCCAGAUAGCCAACAAAAGCUUAUGCAGCGAAUAACUCACACGUUCAUUCUUGGGAACUAUACCACCCCAAACGUGGGCAUCAAGGUCGCUGGCGUUGCGGCUCCAGGGAACUUCUCUGGCCACGAAGUCAACAUUCUGAACUAUUUCACCGGUGCUUAUUACUCUAGCAAUGGUUACAACAACACAUCCACUGGCAUUGCCAAAAACUUCUUGGACGACGGUGGCGCCACAGCUUUACUGGCUGAUAAGCCAGCUAAUACGAAGACAUCCAAUCAAUAUGCUCUCUUAACUCACGUUUAUCAGUACUUCGGUGAGUUUUACGGCUGCAGCGAGCAAGGCACCGGAGACUUCCCCAAGUACAAAGGCGUCGCGAGUAUGUAUGAGGUCCACAAAUUCAUGAAAUCUGACCCAUACGAGAGCGGAUACUUCAACGAACAAAUCGUGCUAGCUGCUAAGUCGCUUGGUUUCGAACAAGCAGAUUGUGACUUCACCCUGAAGGCUCUGGAAGCCACUUUCGGCAACCGCUGCUCACCAGCUGCACCUGUUAUACCAGCCUCUGCUGGUCCUCAACUUCAAGCUAUCUGUGUCUCGGAGAACUGCCCACUCGACCCUAACGCUACUUGCUCCGCCUAUCCAGACGAAGGGUUCGUCCCCUUCCCCGAGAUCGCCAACGCCACUCUGGCGGGUGCCGUGGUCAAGGAGAACGAUACCUCAGCUGCUACAACCGCCUCUCCGUCAGGUACAGGUUCUCCUGCCGCUUCUGGUAGUGCAUCAGGUUCUUCCACCGCCUCUGGUUCUGCUGCAACCUCUACAGGCGGUGCCUCUACUCUUGAAGUGAGCAGUGCUUUGAAGGUCAUUGGUACUCUCAUCACUGUUGUUGGUGCUGGUUUGUUUAUUGCACCGUUGUAG